UAGGUGUGUUUCGCGAGGAAUUCCGAUCCGUACUUUGGAUUGUUUAGAAAUUACCUCCCUUUACUGUAGUGGCGCAAAAAUCAAAAUUCGUGUUUGGCAUUUGAGCUUGUUAACCGACUGAUACAGACAGAAUGGGGGAUGUUUCUGUCCUCAAGGAGGAGUUGGCCCAGAAAGAUGACAACUUGAUGAGAGCUGUGGAGGUUGGGAAGGCUCUCCUGGAAGAAAACUCACAGCUGAAGGAUAAGAUAGAAGAUCUGGCCAAGAGCUAUGCCCAGAAAGUGGAGGGCAGGGAGCAAGAGCUGUACAGUCUUCAGCUGAAGUAUGACCAGAAAGCCAGCAUGGAGAAGUGGUAUAUUGACGAGAUCGCAACACUCAAACAGGAGAUGGCAGCUCAAAGGGAGAGAAUCAGCAUCGAACUUGAAUCACGGCAUAACCAAGAAGCUGUACAGUUGAAAAAACAGAUAAGUCAUCUCCAGGCAGACCUAGAUUUGUCCCAGAAUGCCGAGCGCCAGUUGAAAGAGCAUGUGAAGAAGCUGGAGGAACUGGUGCAGGAGCAGAUGAAUGAGACAGCAAAUAUCUCCCGCUCCUUCUACGGCGAGGAGCUCGGACAGGCACAGCAGGAGGUUGUCACACUGCAGAAUGACAAGACAGCCUUGAAGACACAGAUGAUUGAGAUGGAAUCGGAACUGGGACAUUUGAAGGAGAAGGUGGAGUUACUCCGGUCUCAUCUACGCAGCAAGGACGAGGAAAUAGAGGAUCUGCAGUGUCAAGUGACUUCCUACUGCAACAACCAGGAGAGAUACCAUGUUGAGAUUCUGGACUUAAAAGCCCAACUGGAAGCGCUGAGGAUGGAGGCCAACAGCCAUGACUCCAAAGGAAACUCUCUCUUCUCCGAGGUUGAAGACCGUCGUGUCGCUGCAGAGAAGAAACUGAUCUCACAAAACAUACAGAUUGAAAUGCUGAAGGAGAAAUGUGGCAUAUGGAAACAGCAGCACCACAAGCUGAAGAUGCAGAUGCAGAUGGCGCUGCAGGUGAGCGGGAACCAGUCAGACAGGGAGGCAGUCAACGAUCUCCUGUCACAGUUGUCUGAUGCAAACUCACAGAUAAAGAAUCUCACCAAAAAAGUAGAGGAGUUGGAGAAAACAAGGGACGGCAAGGUGGACCACAUGGCAGAGUUCCACAAGUGUUUUGGGCAUGGCGACAGGGAGGACUAUGUGCAGUUUCUCCUCAACAUGAUCAAGGACAAAGAAAAGAAGCUGGAUGAGGUGGGAACGGAGCUACGCGUGACCAACAUGAUGUACCUGGACUCCAAGCAUGAGGUGUUACAGCAGAAGAGGGAGAUCUUUACUGCAGAGGAGGAAAAAGCCAAAGUACACAAACAGAAUGUCAAACUGUACCUCCAGAACGAAGAACUGCUCCUGAAAUAUGACCCUGAGAAGAUACAGAAGAAGAAACAUGGAAUGGUUUUCAAAAAGGAGAAGAUUCCAUUGAACAACUCUGAGGACGAGACAGAAGAGGAGAAAAUGAAAAUCCGUGAAAGUCACGGCAUUGAAGGUCUGGACGCUUCCUCCCUCUUGAAAAGGUCUGGGAACACAAGUGUACUGGUAAACAGUCACAGAGAGAAUGUGAUGUCACAUGAUGAUGAUCACCCCGAAAAGAAGUGCUCAUCAGUAAAACUGCCUGGAGAAAAGUGUGUGUCUCUGUCCGAUGCUGUUACUGUGGUCAACUCUGAAGGAAAGAAGGAACAAACAGCCCUAGUGGACGUAGAGAAGCCGGGAAGGAAGGAAGGUGGGAAACCCAAAGCAGGUCGUCGGGUUAUCACACAAGUGAAUUAUGAAAAACCUAAACCCCAAGAGUGUAAACAGCAAUGAAAAACCUAAACAAGUCCAUGAGUGUAAACAGCAAUUAUAUUCCUAAUGAUGUUACUUUGAGUGUGAAUGUCCUGGUACCAACUUGCUGAUACAUCUGUGAAGUUAACUUUUAGCCAACUGUUUGAUUCAUGUUUAAUGGGUUUUUUGUGUUUGUUUUUUAAAAAAGUCAUUUUAUUUGAAAAAAGGGGCAAAUGUAAUUGAAUACAGUUCUCCAUGGGCGCUACAUCCAAGAUGGAAGUGGUCAGUAUUCAGACAGUUCAAGGUAUGAGCAGUACACAUGAAAUGUUAUCCAGGAAGAGUUACCUCCCAUAGUUAAGUUUGCCAUUUGGUUAUACAUGAGCCGAGUUUGAAGUAGACAGAAAACUUUGCAGAGUUAUCUCCCUUCCAUCAUAACCUACUCCAAAACCCUUAUUCUCGAAACGUUCGUACUGACUGACUGACUGAGUUUGGUUU